AUGCUACCCCACAGCCUUAAUAAAGGCCACAAGGUGACCACGAAUAUGAGCAAACUGAGGCACACCCGCCGCUGCGGAUGCCUCACCAAGCGUACCAAGCUCGUGCGGGACAUUAUACAUGAGGUGUGCGGCUUCGCUCCCUUUGAGUGGCACGCCAUGGAGCUGCUCAAGGUUUCUAAGGACAAACCGGCCCUCCAGUUCAUCAAGAAAAGGAUGAGGACGCACAUCAGAGCCAAGAGGGUGCACGAGCUCAGCAACGUGCUGGCCGCCAUGAGGAAAGCAGCUGCCAAGAAGGACUGA